UCACACUCGCGAAUCUAGUGCCACAGGCAGAAACGAAGAAAACUACCACCCGAGGAUUAACGGACAGGAGUCUGCCUCUCGGCAGCAGCAGCCAUCUCACAUGGAACCCAUAGACAUAGUUCGCCUGGAGGAGGCUGUAGUCUCCUUCUACCGCUCCAACUCUGAGAACCAGGCGAUCACCCACGAAUGGCUUACGGACGCGGAGGCCAGUCCGCAAGCCUGGCAGUUUUCCUGGCAGCUAAUGCAACUCGGCAAGAGUCAAGAAGUGCAGUUCUUCGGCGCCAUAACAUUGCACUCCAAGCUGAUGAAACACUGGCACGAGGUACCACCCGAAAAUCGAGAAGAGCUGAAACAAAAGAUCCUCGAGUCCAUAGUUCGGUUUGCCGGAGGACCAAAGAUCGUCCUCAACCGGCUGUGCAUAUCUCUGGGAGCCUAUAUCGUUCAUAUGCUGGGCGAAUGGCCCGGCGCCAUUGAGGAAGUGAUCAACACGUUUCAAAACCAGCAAAUGCCCAAUGUCAGCGGCGAUGUGCAGCUGUGGAUCAUGCUGGAGGUGCUGCAGGCCAUUCCCGAGGAGGCGCAGGUAAUUCAUACGUCCGUCAAGCGGGUGACGCUUCGCGGUGAACUUGGCAAGCGUGUGCCACUUGUUAUCCAGACCGUCGAGAGGUAUCUCAAGCUCCAGAUGAAUCGCAUUUGGGACGCUGAGACCUAUAGCAACAUGAACAGAGCCGUAAAGUGUGUGGGCACAUGGAUCAAAAACAUUGGCUAUACCAUCGAGGGCUGCGUCACCAUCACCGCCGUGCUCUUGGAAGUCGUCCACAAGUGUUACUGGCCCUGCAUACGUGCCGGUGAUGGCUGCAUGACCGCCGAUGAAAAUGAGUUGGCUGAGUCCUGUCUGAAGACGAUGGUUAACAUCAUCAUUCAGCCAGACUGUCACAAUUAUCCGAAGACGGCGUUUGUGCUAAUCAAGAUGUUUCUUGAUUCUCUGUCUGAAAUAACAAAGACAGAGUGGAAGAGGGAAAACGAUAACGAGGAUAUCAUCGUGCAUAUUUACAUGCUGUUUGUGUCGUCCGUAGAGCGGCACUCUACGUUGCUGCUAAGCGGGAUCACAUCCUCAGACCCGGAACUAUCCGUGCUGGUACAUCGCAUCGUCCAAGAAAUUCUGCACUGCACUGACAAGCCCGGCAUCUAUCCUGUGGAGGAGUCCUGCAGCACCAUGGCUUUGGCGUUUUGGUAUAUGCUGCAAGAUGAGGUGUUCGCCAUGCAAAACGAUGAACAGAAGCACAAGUGCUGGGAGUACAUUAAACCAUUGUACGCCCAUUUAACUAGAAUAUUAGUGCGAAAGUCAGAGCAGCCAGAUGAAAAAUCUCUCGCUAAGUGGAACUCGGAUGACUUGGAAUGCUUUAGAUGCUACAGGCAGGAUAUAUCCGAUACCUUUAUGUACUGCUACGAUGUGUUGAACGACUAUAUCUUGGAGAUCUUAGCCGCCAUGUUGGACGAGGCCAUAGAGGAUCUCCAAAGACAUCCGACUCACUGGACAAAGUUAGAGGCCUGCAUCUAUUCCUUCCAAUCGGUGGCGGAACACUUUGGCGGCGAGGAGUCGAGGCAAAUACCCAGAUUAAUGCGAGUCCUUGCCGAGAUUCCGUACGAGAAACUCAAUGUCAAGCUACUUGGCACUGCUCUAGAGACCAUUGGAAACUAUUGCAAUUGGCUGAUGGAAAACCCCGCCUAUAUCCCGCCAGCCAUUAACCUGCUUGUACGUGGUCUAAACUCCUCCAUGUCUGCACAGGCGACGCUAGGUCUAAAGGAGUUGUGUCGUGAUUGCCAGCUUCAACUGAAACCAUAUGCGGAACCGCUCCUCAACGCAUGCCAUGCCUCUCUGAACACGGGUCGUAUGAAGAACUCUGAUUCGGUGCGACUUAUGUUUAGCAUCGGAAAGCUGAUGAGUCUGUUGCAGCCAGAGGAGAUACCUAAGUACUUGGAUAUUAUUGUUAGUCCCUGCUUCGAGGAGCUACAGGCCAUUUGCCAAUCAGAGUCGAAAACUCCCGCUGCCCGGAUACGCACAAUCUUCCGUCUCAAUAUGAUUUCCACCCUCUUCUCGUCGCUCAACACGGAUGUGGAUGAUGAGACCAAGGCGCUGCCGAUUGUGCAGCCAGUUCUCCUUGUCAUGCAGCGGACAAUGCCUAUCUUUAAAAGAAUCGCUGAGAUGUGGGUGGAGGAGAUUGAUGUCCUAGAGGCCGCCUGCAGCGCCAUGGAGCAUGCGAUUAUGAAUUUGAGAAGCAGCUUUCAGCCUAUGCUGCAGGAUCUUUGUCUCUUCAUUGUGGCGAGUUUUCAGACCCGAUGUUGUGCACCUACUCUAGAGAUAUCCAAGACGGCCAUCGUUAUGUUCUUCAAGGACGAGAGUUGCAAGCCGCUGAUGCAGCAGCUUCUGAGGGAGUUCAUCCAACAUAGCUUUAAGCUUUUUGAGAGCACUCCCGAGCAAAACUUUUCCAAUAUUUCGGAUACUAUGGAGACUUUCUUUGGCUGUCUAACGCAGAUCAUUAAGAAAAUCCCGCAAGUGUUGGAGGAUAAGACACUGGCUUACGAUCGAAUCGUCUUUUACGCCCAGCGGGGGAUGACAUUGCCAGAGCGUUGUACGAUCCGAAACUGCAUCCAAUUUCUGGCACAUUUUGUGAUGCAGUCGCGAAACCAUCAACACGUCACCGAAGUCAUUCUGGCCACUGGCGAGCAAAUACUUUACACGACGAUGAUGUGUGUGGGUUAUCUUACGCCACGAUCGCAAGUAGAUAAGUUUGCAGACAUCCUUUUGGCUAUAAACAAGAAAUAUCCCGCUGAGAUGGCCAUAUGGAUGAAAUCCCUAAUGGCUACACCCAAUUUCCCCACCCAACUUAUAAAUGACGUGGACAAAACGCGUUACACAGCUCUAAUAGUCAAGGAAAAGGUCAACAAGAGGUUAUUGCAACAGCAUCUAUCUGAGAUGGCUAUGAAGACGAGAGGACUCACAGAGAAGUUUCAGUGACUGAAAUGAUGCAAUAAACGGCCAAAUGACAUCUCUAUCCAUCCGGAUUCUGAUCUAGAUUUUUUGUAAUUUAAUUUGUAAUUAGACGGCUCUGUAAAUGUUCCUCAAUUUUAAGUUUCGCCGUUUUGGCAUAGGUUAUAUAGUUUUCGACUCGAUAAACUUUUAUUUAUAAUUUUUACAAAAUUACAUGCUCCAUUUACAAUUUGCA